UAAAGGAUGUCGCAUCAUCAGGGCCAGGGUACUGUACUUUAUAUAAAUGGUAUACAUACGGUUUGAUUUUCACAAAUAGAUACGAGUCAUUUAAAUGAACAAUAUCCUUACUCUUGUAAAAUAAAAUUCUUUUUUUAUAUCUUAAGGGCCCACGAUCAAUUUAUUGAUCAUUUUGGCUCCUAUGCAUAUAUUCAUAUAUCAUAUAGAUGGGCAGAUGGGAUUUGCAAUGUUUCUGUUCCUGGUGUUGAUGAGGAAAUUUCACAGAUUCCCAGUGCCACUUUGUGAGGGAAUCAUGCACUAGGGGUUUGAAGGCUUGAGGCAAUAGACACAAAUGUGUCUAGUGUUGUCGCCUCAACCGUUCCUUUUGAAAGAUUGUUCCAGUCCCUGAUUGUCUGGGGCAGGAAUGAGCAGCUCCUAUACUGGCUUCUUGCUGGUAUGAGCCUGACUUGCCUGUCAUGGCCUCGUCGCUGGCUAUGGGGGAGAGGGACGAGUUUCUGUUUAAUACUGGAACAGUGGACCAGCCCAUUAUUUAUCUUGUACAUCAUGGAGAGCCUGGAUUGGCGUCGUAGUUUCUCCAAUGGUGACCAUACUGCCAACACUAGAGGUAUUCUUGUAGCGGUUAUGGACAAAGCGUGCUGCUAGUUGCUGGACAGCCUCCAACCUGUCAAUGCUCUUCUGGGUAAAUGGGUCCCAGACUGAAGAUGCAUAAUCUAAAAUCGGACAGAUAAAGGCUUUAUAUGCUCUUUCUUUCACACAGGCGUUGCCGAUCUUUAAAUUUCGCCUUAAGAACCCUAGGGUCUUGUUUGUUUGGUUACAUACAUUGUUAAUAUGCUCGUCCCAGCGGACCUCUCUUUGAAUGGUAACACCCAUUAAUUAAGGAGCACACACUGAUUAAGCCACUUUGUUUGGAAUUAACUAGAAUACUAAAUUACUCGCCUGCUCCUAAAUUAGAUCUAAUUAAAUUUUAAUUAAAUUCUUGCUUGUGUAAUUAAUAAAUUAUUCAGUAAUAAUACUAACUAAUCCUUAACUAAUACAUACAUUUUAUAGACCUAGAUUAGAUUAUUAGAAUUAGGCUAGUAAUUUUUAAGUCAUGAUGAAGUUUAAAGAAUUGAAUGCUCAUUUAAUGUGGUGACCGGACAACUGAACUUGAACGCACUUGACAGGUGAACCUACGACAACUGAACCCAAGACUAAGACUUUAGUAAGACAACCGAACUCAGACUCAAGACAACGGAACUAGGCUAAAACUGGGAUGGAUGCCACAACGUUUAUUAAAGUUGCCGUGAAUUAGGGUUCAGGUUUGGUUUAGGGAUACAUUUACUUAGAUUUAGUGACAGAAUUAAUUGGUCUUGUCAACCUAGUGCGGCAAUUGGAAAAAAAAACAUGGUAUCUCUUCUGUGAAUUUACCCCGAACUCUUGACCACUGAACCCAUGGACAAGUCACAAGUGAACACACAGACAAGUGACCAUGCGGACAAGUGACCAUGCGGACUCGUGACCACACUGACAACUGAACCCACAGACCACCGAACGCAUGACAGGUAACCACAAAAAAUAAUAUAAUUAAAUAGGAUAUGUAAAAAAGCUGAAAUGUCUAGAAACGUACCAAGAAGUAAGUAGCCUACAUAAUUUCUACUGCUGUAGUAUACAAAUACCACAAAAGCUGAAUGUGAAUCUUUAGUCUGAGAAAGCGCAGCAACAAAGUUUUAUCCACUGAAAAAAGACGAAUCCCAUCUACCCAAAUGUUUUGGUCCAAAGAGAAACGCUAAUUUAAAAAUGUGAGUAUCGUCAAAAUCAUUAUUCAGUUGAAUUAUUUUAGUUUCAUUUUAGCUAUUUAAGUUUAAAAAGGCAUAUGCCUAUAGUUAUAGUAUUCUACAGCACUUGGUAGUAUACUAUGUCUAUAGUAUAUACUAUGUCUAUAAUAUAAUAGCCUAUGAUAAAUAUUAAGAAAUAAAUUAUAAUAUUGAUAAAUGAGAAAAGAACUAAAAUGCCAAGAUUUUACCAGCUUAAAGCCAAAAAUGACUGAUGUCCUGGUACCUGAUUCUUAAAAUUUUGUUAUAAAUGUUUAAAAAUAUAACUGAACUUAUUUUGAUUACAAUAUUAUUACUUCAAACCAUAAUUAAGUUUUUUUAAAAAUAUUGUAACAUACUAUUAAUCUUUUAGAAUGUAAAUUAAAGGACUGCAUUCAAGCCUAGUAAAUGAAUAAAAUAGCAAAACGAGGUAUGUGGAAGCUCGAAUUAGAGCACAGGACAAAAAGAUAAGGAUGUUUCGGCAUAAAGUUAAAGCCUUCUUCAGCUAACAGUAGAAAUGAAAAUGUCACAAAGAACAGAGCUCACUAAACAACUCAAGAAAUAUCCAUUGUUGUCGCCGGAAGUCUUUGAGACAAGCUAAAAUUAAAAUGAUUCAGUCAAUUCUUGAUGAAUUAGAUAUUUGACAAUACUGUCAUUGCAUGGCAUUGUUAUCUGAUCUAUCUACUUAUACCUUCAUUAUCUUAGUAAUAAUCCUCAACUAAAGCUAUGCAAACUGAACACAUAUUUCCAAACACUAGCAUCAUUUUUGUAUAAAUUAUAAAACUUGUCUUGUAUUUAUAAUGUUAAUAAUAUAUAAACAAGAACUUGUACUGGACUUCAGUUGCAGCUUAAGAAUAGUUAACAGGUAAUCACAAUAUAAUUACUAAAAAAGAAUAUGUGAAAUUAAAAUUUGAUUGAUUUAUAAAUAAAAUUAACACUACAAUUUAGGUUUUAUAUAUAUAUAAAACUACAUUAUAGCCUAUUAUUACUAAAAUAAUGUCACCCUAUUCUUAGAGGGCCUUUGCUACCAAGACCAAGAGAUUAGAUAAAAGUGGUGUUUAGGGUAAUAACUAAAAAUUGUAGCAUGUUCCAAGAUACUUUAAUCAACCUCUAACGUUAUAACACAGUAAAAGGGAGCAGUCCAGGCUUUAUUUUUAUAUUUAGGACAAAAAUGAAUUUAAUUAAGGUUCCUGGUUUCAUUAUCUACACUUUAGCUUGUAUAUUUUUUUACUAUACAAAAGUAAAAGAGGAUGAUUCAUGGCAUGACAGUUACAAAUUCAUAGGAUACAAUUUCUGAUAAUAAAUAAAAAAGUGUUGGUAAUAAAUGAAAAAGUCUGAAAAUACAUUAAUUUAUCUUUAUAUUCAUUAUAACUAUACUAUACAAGUUUUAAGAAAAUGUAUUAUUUACUUGCAUCAUCCGCAUAGCCAGUCUAUAUUAUAGUAUAGUUUAUAGUUAAACUGUGACUGAUAGGUCUAUCAUUUAUCAAUUAUGAAUUAAUGAAAACUUAAAUUAAAAAUCCACAACAAUCUUAAACUAUAUGUGAUAGUGUGGUAUAAUACUGGAUAUUAUAUACUUGAGACAAGUAAAAUUAUAAAAAUACCACUUUAUUUUUUUAUAGUAGGGGCCUACCAAUUUCAAAGUCUGGAAAUGAUAAUUAAAAUUAGGCUUAGGGCCUACUUAUUUACAAUGAUGCUAUGGAUAGCUUUGGGCAGUUUGAUCAUAUUCAUAUAGGAAUUAAUUUCUUUAUCAGAGUGUCCUUAAGUGUACAUUUCUUCAGAAGAACAAAUAUUUAUUAAAAAAUUUUACUCAUAAAUUGCAAAAUUAAACAAAUUUGCCAACAAUAUUAUUACUAUGUUUUAAACCCAAAACGCCUUGAAGGGCAGAAUUAAUUUUUAGUAGUAAUUUCAAAUUUUGUAACAUUUUUUAAGUAAAGCUAAUUUAACCAAUUAAAUUAAUUAUAAAAAUAACAUAUAUAUUUAAUCAGUAGAAAAUUUUACAUGGUACGUUUUCUAACCAUUUCAUCUUUUUUUAAAUUCCAUACUUAUAUUCUAUAUAAUUUUAUUAUUUUUGUGUUCACUUGUCAUGGGUUCGGUUGCCUUGUGGUCAGUUGUCAAGGGUUCACCUGUCAUGCAUUCAGUUGUCUGGGAACCAUUUAAUGUAUGAUAAAGAAUGCUAACAUUUAAAUUUAAGGCUGCUGCUAUUCAGGCUAUUCAGCUAUUUGGACCUGGGUAGACUAAUUGGCUAUUCAUUUGUGGUAUGUUAUUUUAGCUAAACUGAAGAAGUAAGUUUACAAACAUAUAUAGUCCAUUGAAUUAUCUUUCAUUUGAUACCAAAUUUUGACUUAGAAACCCAGCGAUAGUAUUUUAAAUAUUUUGUUAAUAAACCCAAUCUCUCACUCAUUUCUGGGUCCAAAUAGCCAUUUCAAACAUUUAAUGCUAUUUUUAUAUAAAUACUGACCAACUAUUACUAUUAUGUUAGUCUACUAAAGUAGAUUACUUGUAUUUGUAUGAGACAUGUCAAAUUAUUGUAAUUCUAAGCAAUUACUAUUUAAUUCAUUGAAAUUCCUUAAUAUUUUGUCAUUAAUGCAAUUUUAACUAAGCCUCCGUAAUGAAAAUUUAAAACAAGAAUACUUUUUCUAGAAUAUAUAUUAUUUAUUAUUUCUUAAAAUAAACUUUUCAUGAAAAACAAAACUACUCUUAAUUAAACUUGAUAAAAAUGCAACUAUUAUCGUCGAUAAGACAUAAGAAGUUGUAAGCUUAGACUUAGACAUAUUAUUUGUAUAUAUAUAUUUUUUUGUUGCUGUAUAAACACAAAUUAAUAUUUGUCUACCUAUACCAUAAUAUAUACUCGAGUUUAGUUAGCAAUUUUUAAAAUAAAAAUUUGAGAAAAAAAUCAAUGGUGCGACCUAAUCACUCUGCAUCAAUUUCACACACUGUUAUUUAGUAUGGAGUAGUCAUUUAUACCUCAUGAUGGAGAAUCUUGUUCUGCCUUGUUCUCGCUUACUGUCUAGCAGGGAGCAACCCGUUUUUAAAUGCUUUUUAAAAACACAUAGUUUGUGACGAAUGCUUUCAGCUUUCAAGAUGUUAUGGAAAUAUUUUGUGAUGAAUGUUUAACAAAUAUUAAAAUAUUAUUUACAUUAAAAAUUCCCUUGUAGCUCCCCAAAGUAAAGUUGUGACCCAUCUCUGGGUCAAACCGAGAUACCCACUUUAACAACCCAAAACCUAAGGUGCGACCAAUCAGGGGGUAAAACACAGGUACCCAAUUUGACAACCCCAAACUAAGGGUGCGACCAAUCUGCGGGUCAACCCCAGGUUCCCAAUUUGACAAUGUAACCUAUCCAUUGGUGCAGCAUAUACACGAGUAUAUUGUAAUUCUUUUCAUGCUUCAAUUUGACUGAUAAGAAUGUAACAAUUUUGUUCAAAUCAGUGUACAUCUUUGAAUGUUAAAAUAUUUUUUAUUACUUUUGAUUUUACUUUUCCUGCAUGAGCUUAGUUUAGAAAUUUUUUUUUUAAAGAAGUAGUUUGUUCCUCCAAUAAUGUUAGCUGCUUUGGUUUUUAAUUUUAUUUAAAUCAAUUAUUUUGUGAGUGUUGGCGAGGUUUUAAGUUUAAUGAGUAUUUUAAGUAUACUAUAUUUAUAUGGUAUAAAAUUAAAAUACUUGAAAUUGAAAUAAAAGUUACAUUUUUAAAGAUGCCAUAAAAUAAGAUAAAACUAUAGAAAUAAAGCCUUUAAUUGCAUGGAUUUAUCUCCAGUUUUUUUAAUUUUUACAAAAUCAAUUUUAAAAAAAAGAAAGUUUUUUAAUGAGAAAUCAUUAUCACUAUAAAUAAAUAUCAUUUCAGAUAUUCAAAUAUAGGGUAGUUGACAAUAAUGAGCUCUGGACUCCGUGUGGUGCGUGGCCCUCACUGGACGUAUGGCAAUGACCAGGACGGAGGUGAAGGUCAUGUUGGAACCGUCGUAGAAAUUGGCGGACACAUCGGGUCUCAAACUCCAGAGAAACACGUGACGGUUGUCUGGGACUCGGGAACAAGGCAUCAAUACAGGGCAGGAUACGAGGACGCCUAUGACCUCUAUGUUUACGACAAUGCACAGUGCGGUAAAUAGUUUUAUUAUAUGUAACAAGACACGACUGUUUAUAGAGGUGGACAUGAGCUACACGUAUCUCUUCUGUACCAUAGCGAGUAAUUCUAACUACUUAGACUUACCACAGUUCAAUUUAUUGGAAGCUCAACACACGGAAAAAGAAAUGACUACAUGUAAAAAUGUGUUCAACGUCAAACCCUUAUUCAUUAAAAUAAGCUUACACAACAAGUUUUAAUCAGUUUUUUUAGACAACAUAAAGAAAUAUAAUAUUUUCUUUAAAAAAAUUAUAAGUUAUAAGCACAUAGUAACAAAAACUCUCUAUUUGUUUUAAUGUGAGAUCUCUAUUUGGAUAUAAAACAUAAUUUCUUUAAUUGUUUUAAGAAAAUACUGGUCUUUUAUUUGAAUAAGUAAUAAAGCCGUAGUGAAUAUUGAUAAUAUAGAUAUAUGGAAGAUCUAUUUAUAUUUAGUAUAUAAUAUUUGACAUAUCUAAACAUUGAUGCUAUAGAAACAUUGAUAAUAAAGAAUGAUUGUUUAUACAUUAUCAAAAUAAAAUAUGUAGUGAAAGUUAAAUUGGGCCUUAGGUAUCUUUCACCCGUCCAUUACCUGUACUGAAUGCCUGGAGUUUGGUAUAGAGGGUCUGCGGUGGAAGUGUCUAGAAUGUGAGAACGUGGAGCUGUGCUCGGUCUGUUACAUGGGAGAUAAACACAACCUGUCACACGUCUUUCUCAGAAUUGACAAUCCUAUGUCAGAUGGGUAAGUAAGACAUGACCCGUCGUACGUCUUUCUUAGAAUUGACAACCCAACAUCGGACAGGUGAGUAAUACACUGCCUGUCACAUGUCUUUCUCAGAAGUGACAAUCAACAUUAGAAAGAUGAUUAAGAUGGCUUGUAAUAUUUUUUCGUAUCAUCUUUUGCUAAUCUCUGUGAAAUCAAUUACAUAAAUAUUUUCAGUUUAUGAUAAAUUUUUUCCGGGUUUCGUUUUAUGUUAUGUGAUUUAUCCUAUGUUGUCCUGCGACGUUAAUUAGAGUAUUAAUUAGAUUCUAUUCUGGAACCUAAAGGUAGUUAUCAGUUGUCAUUUUGACGAAACUAAACUCUGCAAAUUGAAUUCAUCAACAGUUUUUCAUGUUUUGGCAUACCAUGUUUGUUACUAUUUCAAGAACAGUUCUAUAGAAACUAUAUCUUUUUACCUUGAUGCUUAGUAGGUAUGUGUGAAAUUUUCUUUACUUUACUUGUGUUGCUAUUAAAAACCAUGUUAACCUACAGAGAGAUGGUACCCAGGCGUUGUGACAGCAGGAAGGAAAAAUUGAAAGCCUGCGGAAUCUUCACUGGCGCUAAGGUUUGUCCAGGCGUAGACUGGCGACGGGACGACCAAGAUAGUAUGUGUCAUAGUUUGUUCAAUUAUAUAAUUUUAAAUAAAACUGAAAAAUGCCGUUAGCUUAGGUCGAUGCCCCCCCUCUGCAUACCCUAGUCUUGCCACUAGUUUGUACCAGGCGUAAAGAAAAACAUGCUCUGCACUUUAAAAAAAAAAAACAACAACUAUUAACAGCACAUAAUUUUGAGAGAAAUACUGGGAGGACUGCGUUUAGGUUUUAGCAAUAAGAAAUAUUCAAAGGGUGAAACACCAAAGAGGAAAACCUGAUGAAGGGCAAUAACAGUUAAAGACAAAGCAAACACAAUUAGCUUGUUGUAGAGAUUUCAUAGGUCACUUCUAUAGUUCUUUAUGUCUACCGUUUCCUGUAGACUACAAAUCUAUACAACAACCCAAGAGUCUUUGUCUCCGUCUUAGACAGUUUUGUUAUCGGAGGCUUUUUGGCCAAAACGUUUGAUUCCUGUUGUUGUGCUUCUUUAGGUUUUCUUCUAUCUUUUGUAUAUGUAAUGUUGAGACCAUGGUUUGUCUUUGUGAUAAUUUUUGUCAUGUUCAUAGUUGGUGAAGGCGACCAGGGAGAGGUCACCAAGGUCUCGGAAUGGGGCAAAUAUUUCAAGGCUGAGAUCACCGUCAGAUGGUCCUCGGGAUCCAUCUACACACAUCGGUUAGGGGCCGAGGGUAAAGUCGAUCUUAAGUGUGUCAUCCCCGCUCAUGGUGGUCCCUACUACAAAAACCAUCUCCCCAUUGUAGGUGAGUCUUUGAAAGAAAUCAUUUACCUUUCUUUCAUUUUUUCCCCUAUAAUAAAGAAAAAUGCCUAUAAAUUACUCCAUUACUCAUCAGUAUAGGAUAAUGUUAACAUUAAACAAAAAUGUUGAAUACAAUUGUUUAAACCUUUGAAAUAUAUGAAUAAACCAGAAGGUAUUCUAGUGACUGCUCCACUGAUAUUGGAUUUUGAAUUUAUGUAAAAAAUAUGAUUGUAUUAUCAGGUACUGGAUUUCAACUCCCCCCCCCCCACCCAAACGCUAACCCUUACCCCAUCGAAUCUGUAGAGGGUAGAAUGUAAUUUUAUUAAGUUCAUUAAAAUGAUGCCUUAGCUGUAAUCUUUGAAAAAUAUGAAUAAACCAGAAGGUAUUCUAGUUACUGCUCCACUGAUAUUUGAUUUUGAAUUUAUGUAAAAAAUAUGAUUGUAUUAUCAGGUACUGGAUUUCAACUCCCCCCCCCCCCACCCAAACGCUAACCCUUACCCCAUCGAAUCUGUAGAGGGUAGAAUGUAAUUUUAUUAAGUUCAUUAAAAUGAUGCCUUAGCUGUAAACAGUAAAUGGUUUUAAAGAUACCAUUGAACAGGAUAAAGUCUAUGACUCUCAGCAGAUUUAUAUUUCUUAUCAAAAAUUUUAUAGACUAUUACGUAAAAUAGUUACAAUCCUUUAAAAAAAAAGGAAUAAAAAUGUACGAAACAAAAGGGAAAUGUGUAAAGAAAAUAUUUUUUAAAAUGUCUAGGAAACUAGAAAUUGAUUUAAUUUUUUAUUACUCUCAACCCCAACAUUAAAGGUAAAAUGAAACGGGAGCAAAGUGGUGAGGGAGCCGAAGCUUCGUCCUCUGUGCCUUCUCGCAGUGGCAUCAAACAUAGAUUUAAAGAUCAGCUAGACAUUAGACCAAAGUCAAGACCGCUCAGUGCCAUUUUGCUAGACAUGGUAAGCAGUUCCAAUAAAUUAAGAUUUAUAAAAAAAAACUCUUUUAAUAUUUCAGUUUAACAUGCAAUUUACUAGUUGAGCUAUUCUUUAAUAGACUUCUGUGUUAUUACAAUAUCAGUUUAUUGUACUAUUUACUUAUAAACAUAUUCUGAAAAUGAAUUAACAUGUUUUCCCAGAAUACUAAACAAGAAACUGCUUCCGGUGCGGAGACUUCACAGAUCGGUCUUGGCUACCGUGUGGUCAGAGGACCAGAUUGGAAAUGGGGUAGCCAAGACAUCUCAGAAGGCUUUGUGGGCACUGUCGUGGACAUUGGUGGGUCAGGGGCGCUGAAACCCCCCGCGAAGUGUGUUAAUGUCCAGUGGGACUGCGGCUCCAGGAACACCUACAGAGCUGGACAGGAUGGCUGCUACGACCUGCUUGUCUUUGACAACGCUCCAGAUGGUACUUGAAGAUUUUUUCUUUUAAAUCUGGCGAUACUCAUCCUAAUCCUAUGGUAAUCUCAUCCUAAUAAUCCUAUGGCAAUCUCAUACUCGUCCUAAUAAUCCUAUGGUAAUCUCAUACUCAUCCUAAUUAUCCUAUGGUAAUCUCAUACUCAUCCUAAUGAUCCUAUGGUAAUCUCAUACUUAUCCUAAUGAUCCUAUCAUAAUCUCAUACUCAUCCUAAUGAUCCUAUCAUAAUCUCAUACUCAUCCUAAUGAUCCUAUCAUAAUCUCAUACUCAUCAUAAUGAUCUUAUCUUAAUCUCUCUCACUCUCAUCCUAAUGCUCCUAUUGUAAUCUCAUUUUGAUGGCUGCAUGUAUUCUGUUUGUAGACAUAUUUUGCAGGUUGAUGUAUAUUUGGUAUCAAUUAUCAAUAUACAUUUUAUUUACUUAUAUCUAAUGUUUCACCAAGCUACGCACACAUUUUCCCACUAAACCCUCUUUGUAAUACAUGCUAUGAAGAAAUAAUCGCAUUGUUUAUGCCUCUCUUUGCGACAGGUACUCGCCAUGCGCAGGUGGCCUGUAGCAUGUGUCAGAUCAAAGACAUUAAAGGCUUACGUUGGAAGUGCACAGACUGUGAGAACGUGGAUCUCUGCUCGAGCUGCUACAACAAAGACAAACACGACCUCGGGCAUCAGUUUGUGAGGAUUGAUUACCCGUGGUCACAACAGUGAGCUGCCUGUGAUUUUGUAACUACUAUGCACAGGGGUGGAUUUUAAUUUUGAUCAGGCCUUGAAGUAAUGGCUGUAUUAUUGAGCCUUAAUAACUCAAAUACUUGGUGUGUAGUCUGCAGUGGUGUAGGAAAGAAGGAGGGAGUGUGUGGAGUAGGCCAUCUGAAUCGGGCGGCACUGUUUUAUUUAUCUGGAGGGAGGCAUUUUUGGCCGACUUCUGAGUUUUCAUUUUAUGGAAAGGGGUUGAAUAAAGUCUUAGCCAUACCCGAGCGGUACUAACUCUUGCUACGCCUCUGGUUAGCUGAAGUCAAAAGUUUUCACAAAAAAAAUUUAGGAAUUUUAUAAAAUUUAAGUUAAUAAUACAAUUUAUAAUACUUAAAAUAAGUUAAAUAAUAACAGUGUUUGAAUAUCAAAGGUUGAACUUUACAUUCUCAAAAGAUCAGAACAGUUUAACGUUUGGCACAGAUGAACUAUUACCUUUAAUAGUGAAAUUGAAAUGCCGCAGCUAUAUAUUUAAUUUGAAAAAUAUAUAAUCAACUUAUUUCAUGCAAAUAACCCAAAAUUUUGCCUUGGUUGCUAUGUACUUAAGGCACCAUCAACGAUCUUCCAAAAUAGUAAAAAGCCUUUGCAUCUGGGCACCAUGGAAGAAAGAAUAAAAAAGUGCCAUAAAAAUAUUUGCUGAUCUAAAUUCUGGAAAAACAAAAUGUCGUCAUCAUGCCGUCCAAAUGCAAGUAAAGAAAAACAAUAUUAUUGUUCAUUGUUUGUUUCAAAAGAAAUCAAAACAACCUAGGUCAUAAACCACUUCUCCAACCCCCUAGUUUUUUCUUGCAAAAUAUUUUAUGGUCAUGCUUAAAAAGGGCGCCAAAGUUAAGUUUGCCAGGGGUGCCAGGAACCGUAGGGCCGACCCUGAAUAAACGUUUUCAUUAUUUGAAGUUACUUAAACCAUUGCUGUACUAUGGCACAACGCGAUAUACCUUUACCAUCAUCAUAUUUCAAAUGUAAGAAUUACCUGGCAAUGCUGUUGAUACAUACAAUCGCAUACUAUCUUCUUUGUUGGAAUUUAGCAAUUGCAAAGUUCCAAAACGUCAGGAAAGUCAGAAGGUCAAUGUCAUGGGCAUAUUCCCCAAGGCUGUGGUGUGCCGUGGUCAUGACUGGAAGUGGCGAGAUCAGGAUGGUGAGAUGUAUUCUUUAUAUCAAUUAUUUUAUUUUCUGUUAUUGUGAUAUUACUGUUUCAUUAUAUUCGUAUUCUUGAAUAAGUUUACUUUAUUAAGUUUUAUUUAUUUUCCAUAUUUUUAUGUUUUAUUUUACUUCAUUUUUUUUGGGGAGGAUGACGGGUUAGUGAAGACUUGUAAACUUAUUUUCUCAGUUUUAUUACUUUUAAUUGCUUAAUAACUAGCUAACAUGAAUUUUCUGGUUGGAGCUUGAGAUUACAAUCUUUGAAAGCCCUGGCUAGUACUCUUGGCUAGUGUUAUGUAUCACUGUCUGAACAUAAGACUCUCUGACCGACUUGUCCUCCCUGGCAACAUACAUACCGGUAUGCGGGACACGAAGUCAACAGAUAUGGUUACGGUCAUUGGGGCCAGCAAGCAGUGCCGACAGGUCAUGUCCCUUUUUUGAAAAGCGUAUUGAAGAAAGAGGUAGUAGGGCAGUGCUCAGUUUGCAUUUGUGUCGCCGGGCUUUGCUUUAGGUGAUCCAGUUUUGACCCGUUCAUUACACUAAUCAAUUUUUUUUAUUUUAUGCCUCAGAAAACAGAAAAAAAUAUAUGCAUAUUUGUCUUUCUUCAAACUUUUAUACUUCAAAACUAUAUAACAGGUAGCAACUAUACGGAAGGUCGUGUUGUCUCCUUGGGAGACUGGACAUCUGAUUCUGGGAAAAGUAAGGUAUCUGUUAGAUGGCCUUCUGGUAAUGAGAAUGCCUACCGCUUGGGACAUGAAGGAAAAGUUGAUCUGAAAUGUGUGAAGCCCGCAUCUGGUGGUUUCUACUACAGAAGUCACUUGCCCAUUUUAGGUAUAAAUGGCAAUUUUUUAAACAUUUAACAAUAUAUUCAUUCUUUUAAGAAUCGUAUAAUAAAAUUUAAAAAAAGGAAAUAAUUUAAAAAUAAUAAUUUUGCAGACAAAAUUCAUUUAUAAAUACAUAUAAUUUUUGUUUACUUAUAAAUUAAAAAAAACAAAAACACUCUAGAAAUAUUGAAUGUAGGUUUCAUUAAAUAGUGUGCUAAACAACUGAGAAAGAGAGAUAUCAAGUAAUAUGCCAUUCCUUUCAUAUCCUUUUUAAAAGCUUUAUAUAGUAGAUGGCGCCUGGUUCAUUACAAAAGCUUUAAAAGCUGCAAAUCUAUAUUUAGAGAACUCAUUAAAUGACUAGUUACUACUAUUACCACUCCCAACCCACCUCCUGGGCCGCUUUGUAAACUUUCCACCUAUUUAUUUAUUUCUAAUUAUCUUUAUAUCUCUCUCAAACCGUGUUAAUGUAUUUAUGGGUGAUUUUAAUUAAAUGUUUUUUUAAAUUCCUUUUUUUUUUCUUUAUAAGAUAGAAACUCAUAUAUUUUUGUACCGGUAUCUUUUUUGUAUACACUAGGCAUAGUAGGGAAACGUGACGAUGAGAAAAUAUCUAGGUUCAAGGUCGGAGAAAAAGUCCGAUGUCAGGUUGAUGUGGAGAAGUUGAAAGAACUACAGCCAGAACGCAGAGGGGUUACCCAAGCCAUGGUCCAUGUAAGUCAGUUAGAAUAAAACCAUAGUUAGUCCUUCAUUUUUUUUUAUGGUUCAGGAUUUUCUUGUAAUAUUGUUAAAAAAAACAAUGCCCAUAUAAAUCUAACAAAUCAAAUAUUAAACAAUACGUCUUCUCUCUUGUUCCAACGUGGAUGUUAAGGGCUGUGAUAAAAGUAAAAACAAAAAGAACAAUUUAAAAAAUUUAAACAAGUUGAAUAAGAGGACCAACAAAAUCAUUCUGUGGCUACUAGAGUUUUACGUAAGGUUUACCAUUAAAUUAACAAUGAUUUUAUUGCAGCAUGUCAAGUUAGCCAUUAAAAGAAAGUCAUUGUAUUUCAACACAAGAAGAGUAAAGUUUGACAUUAUAUUGUGAAUGAUUUUAUUUCAGCAUUUGAAAAAAGUGGGGACUGUGUGCGCUAUUGAUGAUGACGGUGACAUCGAGGUGCAGUAUCAAAGCGGUGCCACGUUUACUUACAAACCUGAUGCAUUAAGCCAGGUCUGUCAACUUUAAAAUAAUAUACCGUCUACCAAAUAAUUUUAUUUGUAAAGAUUCACUAAAUAUAAUUUUCAAAAGCUAUGAAAAUAACCAUCAAUGGCUUUUACAUUUUAAUUUUGUCUCUCAUUGCAUGUGUUUAUAUUAAGGAAAUAGUUGAACAAGGUAUGUGGAAGCUUGUGUCAAAAGACAGGACAAUAAGAUAAGAACAUUUUGGCUGAGCCUUCCUAAGGAGACAGGACAAAUGAUAAUAAUGGAAAUGCGACAAGAAAUAGAAACUGGUUAAAAACUUUAGAGCUCUCCAUUGCUGCCGGAAGUUGGAUAAAAAAAAAACUAUUACUAUAAAGUGUAUAAAAUAAUGUUUAUGUUAUCUACAGUCAUUGCAAGUUUUUGUUAAAAUUUUUUUUGUAUUUAUUAUUUACCACCAAUUUUGGUGCAUUCAUAUUAAAACAUGGUUAAUACUGUCCUUAAUUAAAAUAAAUAAUUUUUAUUUUAAUUAAACUAUAAGACGCCAACUGCUAAGUUUAUUUAUUAGCAAAACAGAGUAAGCACCUCAUAAUUUAAAAGAUCUUUUUAUAGGUAUUUAAAUUGUAUAGUUAAUUAUUUCUUUGGUUUAAACUGAUAUGUUUUACAUUUCAGAUUUGGUUGAAUACAGCAGAUAUGUCGACAUCCAUGUUGCAGAAUCAAACCUUGCCAGACGAAUCUCAAACUCCUGAUCCGGGCCUGGUUGUGAGUGGCCUAGCUCCUCAGGCUUUAGGUUCUGCUGACCCUAGUUCUCAAUCAGUGAAUUCUGCUGACCCUAGUUCUCAAUUGGUAGAUUCUGCUGAUCCUAGUUCUCAAUUGGUAGAUUCUGGUGACAUUAGUUCUCAAGGGGUGGAGUCUGCUGACCCUAGUUCUCAAUUGGUGGAUUCUGCUGACCCUAGUUCUCAAUUGGUGGAUUCUCCUGAGCUUAGUUCUGAAGCGGGGAACGGUGCUGCAGGAAAUGCCACAGAGGGUGAUGCAAUGAAGCGUGCUGACCAGGACAUCAUUAUCCCGUCCCCCGUUCUCAAGCUAGGGCCGACCAAAGAGAAACCACAGUGUAAGAUUUGUAUGGAAGGAGAGGCGUGUGUCGCGUUCGUGCCUUGCGGUCAUCUGGUCAGCUGUCCUGACUGUUCUACAGACCUAGAGCAAUGUCCUGUUUGCCGUGCUGAAAUAAAGCACUGGCUUCGUACGUUUAUUAUAUAAUUUGAUCAGUAUUAUCUGUGUUAAUAAAUAUUAGCAUGUAAGAGAACAACUCUUUUAAAAAAACUCCUUCCUCUAUUUGACUUCAUGAGAAUUAUAACAUAUAAAUUAAGUAUAUAUAUUUAUAAAUCCAGAUGUCUAAUUAUCAAAAUAAUCUCAUUUGAAAUAUUUCAGUUGAUAUAAAAAAGUUUGAAUAUUAAAGACGGAAUCUCAGAAUAACUAUUGUCAAUUGAUUAAGUAACAAUUUUUUAAUUAAAAUAUUAAAUUAUUUAACCAAGUGUUUCCAUAACAUAAUUUGGAAUUAAUCCACAUCAUUUUUCCUAUAAGAAUAAAGAAUUUUAAAUAAUUAAGUCCAUGAUGUUACAUUUCUGGUUAGGUGCCACUACUAUAAAUCAACUGUAAGAGUUUAGAUAUGAAGAAUGAUUUUAUUUUGUAUGUUAUUUUUAUAAAGAGGUAUUUUCAGUUUGUUAAGAAUUGAAGUGCACUUAUUCAUACAGGCUUUGAAAAAAUGGAAUCUUUUAUUUAUUAAUGUUUGUUUUAAAACUGGCUGCAUUUAUUUUACAAUAUUUGUAACUUUAAUUAUAAUGUUUUCACUGAAAAGAAAUUUGGUCAAAUUAUAAUAUAUAUUUUUAAAGGAGUACUUAAAUGAGGCAAGUGGGGGACAAGGGUUUAAUUUUAUUAAAUUAUAUCUGUAAGUGUAAGUUUAAAUUAAAUUGUUUGAGAUGUGAACGGUUCUUCUUAUUUUAAUAUAAUAGAAACUAACGCACAGAAACACUAUUCAAGCGCCAGGGUGGCCAUAAUGUUGAUAGUCCUCUGGCAAUUCCAUGAAAUCCUUGCAAUCCAUUGUGAGAGUUUAUAUCAGUCAAAUUUUAUUUUAAUACGACCAAUUAAAUAAUUUUGUUAUUUCUUGCUUUAUAGCUAAACUACUCAACAUAUUACUCCCAUGUGCAAUACUUUAAGCUUUAGCCAUGUAUAUUUUUUAAUAAUUUUUUUAAUAAGCUUUUUUGAAAGAAAUUUUGCGUUUCCAUAUUAUUCUGAUAUUUAAUCGACAAUAUUACCUUUUUGGAAUAUAAUCCUUCAAACAAUUAUAUUUGUGACUCCUGCACACGCCAAACAUAAUAUAUGCUAUGUACACUACAACGUUAUUAUAAAGUGUCAUUUCUAGUCGUUAAAACUAAAUCACUGUGUGUUUUAUUUUACUAUUUAGAGAUUAAAAGUUGCGAUUAAAUGUUAAAACAGUUAAUUAUUUGUUUUAUUUAAAAUCACAAAAGUGUAUUAAAAAAAUUUUUCAUUAUUAUUUUCAGACGGAAUAAAUGUUUAUUUGAUGACUUUGACAGAUGUCUAAAAAUCUGAACUCGUAAAAGUCUUUAGUUUUUUUUGUCUCGUAAUUAUAUUUUUCCUUAUACAUUCAAACAUCAUACAAUGGGAAAAGUAUGGUUUUUUUUUUAGGAAAAAUAUUGUUUAUUGUUUUUUUUUUAGGUUUAAAACACAAUUAUUGGUACUGGUAAUAUAUCCAAUAGUAGCAAUGCAAAGGAAAUAGUUUUUUGAGUUCAACACAUAAAUAUGUAAUCUUUACAGAUUUAUUCAAAAUGACAUCUUACUAAAACAUUCAACAAACAUAAAAAAAAAAUAUUUAAUGAAUCCAACUUUCAUCCCUUUAUUUUAUGAGUUUCAAAAAUUCAUUCCAAUAAAUUUUUCCCUAUUUUCAUUCCACACUGGUUUUACAAUCAACACAACGUUGCAGUUGUUUUCAUAUAAAAAUAGUAUCAUCUCCUGACAAAGUUAAUAUGUACCCAUCUAUCAGCAGCCAUGUAAUAGCUCACAUAGCUUUACAUUUUAGUCAGUCAUUUCAUUUAAGUUUGAGAAGAAUAAACCUUUUUUUUUUAAAAUUAUAUAUACUAUGGUUUCCCUUUUCAAUGGCAUUUUUAUUAUACGCAUGCAAUCUACUCUAUUUUUGUAUUUUCCAUUACGAAAGUGAUAUAAAUUAUAUUUUCAAAAAAUUCACUUGAAAUACUAUGUAUUCUAGUACAAAACUUGAAAUACUAUGUAUUCUAGUGCAAAACUGUAACCACCCAUGUGCAUUUAUUUAGUAAAAAAGAAAAGCUUUUGGUAUUUAUAGAAACAACUAUUUACACAUGAUGCAAAUCCAUAUUAUCAAAAGCCACUUUGUUUUUGAAUUGUUUCCCCUGAUGACAGUGUGAUUUUUAAAAAAAAUUGGUGUGGUGUUAUAUCAUUUUUAAUUUACCUGCUGUUGCUAUAAAAGUCC